UCAUAGAAGACAUCACGGAAGACCUCACGCUGUGUCAUAAGAUUCCCAUGAACACCAGAAUGAGGAAAUGAGGGACAGAAACAGAUGAGUGGUUUCCAGAGGCUACAGAGAAAAGGGACUUGCUAUGUAGUUCAGACUCUCUUCUUGCUUGCUGGGCUACGUGCUUGUCACUCAGGCUGGCUUCAAACUCUAAGUAAUCGUUCUACCUCACCCUCUCAAGUGCUGAGAUUACAGGAAACAGGAAGCCAGAAACACAUUGCUGUGGAGGUGGCCACCAAGCAGCAGCCCUGCCAGAUCCAAGCUGCUCUUCUCUUACCACAAACCACACUGCUCAGGCCUUCUCCAUUUCCAAGAGGGGCACCUGCCAACGUAGAUGAUGCCCAAGGAGGAGCAAGAGGUGACCGUGCUGGGGGGACCCCACCACCCGGCUCCCAUGACCUCCACCGUGAUCAGCAUUCCGAGGGACACCCCUGUGCGUGACCAUGUGGUCUGGUCCCUGAUCAACACAGUCAUCCUGAAUGUAUGCUGCCUGGGCUUCAUAGCCUUCGCCUACUCCAUAAAGUCCAGGGACAGGAAGAUGGUGGGCGACGUGAUCGGGGCCCAGAGCUACGCCUCCACCUCCAGGUGGCUGAACAUCAUUGCCACAGUUGUUACCAUCAUCCUCACUGUUGUCUUCAUCAUUGUAUACUCUGCGGCCAUCGUGACACUCUUCCAACGCUUGUCCCAGUGACAAAGGAUUCUCAGGGCUACUAGUCCUGUGAUUUCCUCCCUCACAGCUUCUCUGGCCCUGGGCUGGGUCUUGCUCUGUACCCCACACCCUCAGCAGCUGUCCACAAUUGGGCUCAAUAAAGUGUGUGUUUCCACAGUG